UGACCUAUUUCUCGGCCCCAUCACCACUAUUCAACCAUCCACCUAUACAUUAGUUACGCCUAUACCUACACAUAUAGGUGUAUAGGUAUACGGCAAGAGAUUACCAUUGACCCGCAUCGAAGAAUAAUAUCAUUCCGCCACGAAUUUGUACCAACAUGGCCCUCAUAUCCGUCAAAACCAUCAUCACCUCCCUCUCCCUCUUCCACAUCACCCUCGCCUACUUCUUCUACACCAACCCCAAUGCCAUCGCCGACCAAGCCCUAGUCUGGGUACUAGGAGAGGCCAUGGGCAUGUCGCACACGACAGCCUUCGCAACCCCCAGCGUCCCCUCCUCCUUCCUCGCCAUCGUCCUCCUCCUCACCGGGCUCUCCGACCUCCUCACCCUCUCCAUGCCCGAAGAGAUCUGGCUGAUCCACUACUGGGGCUCGCAGGCGCCCCUGCGCAUAACCCUCUUCGCCUCCCUCUCGCUCUUCUCCUUCUUCUCCGCUCCCUCCCACGGCCGCUCCGGCCCCGGCCGCAUGUCGCACCCCCUCGCGCCCCCCUCUAGCGCCGCCACCCCCUUCGCCACUUUGACCGGCGCCGACGGCCUGCGCAACCGUGUAUUUUUCACGUUUGCGUUCCUCGAGUUCUUGUGCUGGUUCUGGGCUUGGGUCACGCUCAAGGAGGAGGUCGGCCGCUUUAACUCGAAGAAGAGGAGGAGGGGGAGCAGUAGCAGUAAUGGUGGCUUCCGGGGCUGAUGGGAGCAAUCGCUUACCUACCUGGGCAACAAAUUAGCUAGAGUAGCUGGACCGAAAGAAGACAGCUUGAACAACGAUUAUGUUGGCAUGAAUCAAAGUAUAUUCGCAUUACCAUUCUACUACCCCAGUGGAGGACUACGAUUCGAUUUUCGCGACACUCUUUCAGCAGGAUCUUCGUGAAGCUUAUCAUGCAUAGCCUGCUUGGGUCAGAUGCAUAACGGGCAGGGACAAUAGGUGUAUCUAUUUUCGCGGCAUUGGGCAUUGGGCAUUAGGCAUUAGGCAUAGGGUUCACUAAUCGGCGCGGGAGAUUGCUAAACACAUAGAUGGACGCGGAACGGCGAAGAGCCUAACCUAGGCCAGUACUUAGAUUAGGACAUGGAAGAUACCCCCUUUUCUUCUCUUGGACGUUAGUUACGCAUGCCUACCUACCUACCUAGGUACCUAUUCACGGAAUGUAAUUAAUAAAGACUCGCGUU